AAACAGUUUUGUUCUUUCAGUGUUUGUGUGGAGUAAUUGUAUGUAGACCGAACAGUGAGGGAGGGCUUUCAGCCGUCUGUAGAGUUAACAAAGAAAAGUCCUCUCCUUAUUUAGCUCUCACUGUGUGUCAGUAUGAAUGAGUGAGUGUCAAUGAGAGAACAUCAGCCGGAGGAGACCGCGACUGUUGUUUAUGCGUUUGUGAGAGAGGGAGUGGGACGGAAAUAGAGAUAGAGGGAGUGGAGAUAGCGAAGUGUAGAGGUGCUUCUAAUUGUUUUCAUUUUUCUCUAAUGACUACCGUGCCUCGCGGAGGAACAGAAACACAGAUCGCCUGUCAGUCUCGGCACACACACACUCCGCGUGAUCCUCUGGACGCACACUUUUGCACCUGUUGAGCGUAUUUACUUCACAUCCAGCAGUCAUGGCCGUCUCCACAGCUGUGUGAAACUGUGCCUGCGUUUGUCAGGGAUCUUCCUUCUUAUCCAGGAGAGAGAUGUCAUCGCUCUAUUCACGCAGCAAGGACCUUUCCUCUCGCUCCAGAAAGUCCCUGUCGGACUCACCACCCUCCUCUCCGUCCCCCAGCACCAAAACCUUCAGACAAGACCGGGCGUCAAGGUCAGACUCCAGUGGUGUGGAGUCUUCGUCAGACCGACUUCCAGCUCGGACCAGCACCUACACACGCCGAGAGAACAGACUCGCCUCUUUGAGCAAAACAGACGACGACUCUGCCAGCAAGGACUAUAAGAAGCUGUAUGAGGACGCACUGGCAGAAAAUGAGAAGCUGAAGUCUCGACUGGACGACAGCAAACAGGAGCUCACCAAAAUCCGCUCACAGCUUGACAGAGUCGCACAGAGGCAGGACAGAAUAUCAGAGAGGUCCACUGUAUUUGAAUCAGAGAAAAGGGAAAAGGAAGCAUUGGAGAAGAAGGUGUCAGACAUGGAAGAAGAAUUGAAGACCCUUCCUGCUCUGGCUCGGCUGCAGGCUCUCCGCAGGGGGAAUGCGCGCCUCCUAGUGGAGAACAAAGCCAUGCUGCGCACCCUCGCCUGCCUCACUCAGACGGCCUCUCUCCCUGAGACGGAGGAUCUCUAGUCCUCUGCUCGCUCUCUCUGUCCCUUCUUCCUUCCUGUUCUCCGCUGCACCCUGUAGUCCUCUUCCUCUGCCCCUCUGCUGCACACCUCUCAGGUUUUGACAGAACUCAAGUCUGAUAACCAGCGGCUGAAAGAUGAGAAUGGAGCCUUAAUCAGAGUCAUCAGUAAACUUUCCAAGUGAGGACGACCGGUUGAAGAGGGAGGAGGAACACUGAACAGAGAGAGACCAAAUCUGAGAACUUCACAUUGACUUCAACCUGACCAUUGUCAUGCUGGGUAAUGGUCUGUGUCAUCUCUUACUCUUGGUGCGGCAGUUCCAAGGUUAAAGAGAUAGUUCACCCAACAAUGAAAAUUCUGUCAUCCUUUACUCACCCUCAUGUCAUUUCAUCUUCUGUUGAACAUAAAAGUAGAUGUUUUGAGAAAUGUCUAAAGUGUUGUUUUGUUAAUACAAUGGAAUUCAGUGGUCACCAAAACUGUUUGGUUACCAACAUUCUUCAAAAUAUCUUCUUUUGUGUUCUGGAGAAGAAAGAAAGUAACCACCCUCUUAUAAAAUACAGCUAAAACUUGCUUAAGAUGGCCUAAGCUGGUUGAGGUGAUUGAGCAGCUUGACUACUAGCUAGUUGAGCUGAGGUCAACCAUCUUAAAGGCCUUGAUAUACUCACGCCAAAGUUCUUUUUCGUUCUUCGCUUAGGGGGAAAAAGAAGUUUGAAAUACCUUUGUAGCAGUAUACUGUUAUCGAACAUCCUGACGCCAAACUAUCAAUGGUAGUUCAAAGUUGUUUACCACCUGGAGCAAAGUUUUCCAGAAAGUUCACUUUGGCAAGCUCUUUCAAACUCCCAAAAUGAACUCCAAACAAACUUCACUUUGGCAUGGUUUUGUUCGCAAUUACGUCACACCAGUUUGUUCUUUUUUUGCUUGAAGUAUAUCGAGGCCUGCAUUGACCUGGUUAGAGCUAAUAAUACAUUUUUGCUGAUGGGGACCUGGGUAGCAUUUCCCAAAAGCAUCGUAAGCCAAAGUUGAUCGUAGAACCAUUGCCACCAAUGGAGCUACGAUCAACUUAGGCUUACGAUGCUUUUGGGAAACACUACCCUGGUUGGUUAACAAUGUUCCAAAACACAACUUGAUCUAGUUAACUGGUUUCACCACCUCAAUCUGUGUUGACCUGGUGUUUGCAGUAGGAUACUCGAAUAACAUUGUAGCCACAGCAUUGGUUCCUAAGAACUCCCUCAAAAACAUCUAAUGAAUUGAAUGUUUUCUCAGUGCCUUUCUAAACUCUAAAUGUUUCAAGAUAUACUAAAGCUUAAAUGGCAUCUAUGGCUCCAUGAAGAACCUUUAACAACCAUGGAACCUUUCCAUUGCAAAAAAGUUUUUUAUAAUGGAAAAAAGUUCUUUAGAUUAUUAAAGUCGUGCUGAAACGGAAGUAGCAGCAGGUCUUUUCUUCCAUAUUAUGAUACAUCUGAGUGUAAUGGGUUAUCAAAAAAGAGGAAAUGUAGGAUUGGUUCUGUGCAUUGGUUGUUGAUUAGAUUUUGAGAUGCGGGCGUUGCACUCAAAAGUGGAGGUAGAUGAACACGAGCUUGCAGGGGCGGGAUUUAAGCAGACUAAACUAUUAUAGAAGUUAGUGUUGUCAAAAAAUAUCGAUAUUGCGAUACUAAUCGAUAUAGAAAUAUCUGAAAUGAUCCCAAUACUCUUUUUCUGCAGUAUCGAUACACCAACACCAGCUGCGCGUUCUCGAGCCUCUUCUCACUCGUUUUUAUUCGCUCUGGUUGAGUAGUGUUGGUGUUACAGGGCCUGAAUCUUGGCGUGGGGUUGCGGGUGUUGUGCACAAGUUUGACUCCUGUUUCACGCUUACACCAAAAGCACGCAAAAUGUCUGUCUUGCUGAGUAUUCACAUAAACAGUCAGCUUUGAAAAGUAGAUAGUUGGAAAAGAAAUCGCCAAGUUGUGUAACAGUAUAUUGGAUCCGUGAAUAAGCUCUUAAAGUGACAGCAGCCUAAUAAACCUGCUGCUGUCUGUAAUGGUAAUCAAAAAACAAAAGACAAAGACAAAAUCACUCACUGCUCUUUACUGAAUAACUUUUGUAACUUUAAUUAUAAGCAUUAAUCUGUAUGUAAGCAUUUCAUUUCUGUAGUAUUUCUUACCUGAAUACCGUUAGACCCACCUGAAAAAAAGUAAAGCUGUUUAUUUCAUUUGUCUCUUUAUUGUAUUGUAUUGUAUUUAUUUGUGCUAUAGUUUGCGAUUUGUUUACUUGUUAUUUUAUUACUGACUGUUUAAUUGUCUUUUUCAUAAGUUUAGUUCCGUUUCAAAAAAAGCCUCCCUGUGCUUUGUAAACUAUUGCAACAAAAUUACCCAAAUUAUCAAAAAAUGAUGAGAUCGUAAAAUAUCUAUAUGGCAGUAUUUAUGGCAGUUUUCCACAUGGUAUCGAAAAUGGUAUCGAAUAUCGAUAUAUCCUAUUGGAAUUCCAGUAUCGUGACAACACUAGAAGUCCUACAUACUUCACCAGAGAGAAGUCAUAUUCAUUUUCGCCCGAAAAAUCCAGUUAUGACAUUUUGAUUAAACAUUUCAAGGUCAAAAUAAUAAUAAUAAUAAUAAUAAUAAUAAAAUUAAUCUAUUUGAAAAAUAGUAGGGCGAAUUUACUGCUGACUUUAAAAAAAGGGAAUUGUUAAAAGUAGAAUUGUUCACUGAAAGGUUCUAUGGGCAACCAAAAAUGGUUCUUCUGUGGCAUUACUGCAAAAACCCCAGUUUGGAACCUUUUCCAGAUUGGUGUGAGUCUAGCUGGUGAACCAGCAUAAACAUACUUUUCACCAGCAAAAUUUAGUUUGUGAGACUGGUUUCAACUAGGUUCCUGGUAAAGCUGGUUGACUAGAAAACACUUGCUGUUGAGAAGCCUUGUGGGAACACCAGGGGCCUCAUUUGUAAAAUGUUGCACAGAAACCGUCCUAAAAUUGAUCUUACGAUCAUUUCUCAGAUGUGCGUACGUGUGAUUCAUAGAAUGAACGUACACACAGAAAACGAGCCUACGCCUGUCUUUCAGAUGUGAGAUCUAUAAAUCGCAAAUGAUCUUGAACUUGCGCGCAGCUGAAUGGUUUCAGUUCCCCGCGUUGUAAACAACACCUAAUUAAUGUCAUUUACAUAUAAAAGAUCACCAGUCAUCGUCCAAAUCCUUAGCAAGCUGCAAGAAUAGCUUAGAUUUCCAAAAACCUGCAGUAAUCUGACAAUGAAACGUGUGUAUGUCUGCUCAGACCCUGACGUGGCUCUAAGCACUUUUCCACAUCAAAGACCGUUUUUAUAAAUAUAAGCGUUGGCGUGGAUUAAGCGUACACACGCUCUAAGAUCAAAUCUGUGUGUACGCACGCUUUAUAAAUGAGGCCCUAUCACACCAGUAUCAGCACAACAGUAACACCAACUUUUCUGGCCUUUUCAGCAGGGAAGAGCUGUACAAACUGCCAUUCCUUUAAAGAGUGUUUGAUCAUCAAUCAAAUCUAAUUGUCCUAAAGCAGGCAGUCUAAUAUGAUCUUCAGAAGCUCUGCCAGAACAUUGUAAAAGGAAUGUUCCCACUGAGGAAUGAUGUCACUCUCCUUUAACUCAAUUCAUAUCAAUUCAUUGGUCCUGUUUACUUUUACAGUUGUAGUGUUUAUAUAUGAAGUGACGGGCAGAAGAAUGGAUAAAUGGCACCAUUACUGAAUGUGUUUUAUAUUUAUUUAUGCCUUUUGUGUGUAAUUAAGAGUAUCUAUAUGGAUAAAACAGAAAACUUCACACAUAAUAUGUCAUUUCAAAUGCUUUGUGUUUAUUUUCACUGUCCACAGUUUUUAACCUGUAAUCUUGAACCAAAGCUCACAGCACUUUGUUUAUGAUUGCGUUUGUUGUUUGCCUGUUAUGAUUAUUAAUAACACACUGUAAAAUACAGAAAAUGUAGUCAAGUGCCUUUUUAAGUGCAGUGCUGCCCUCUGCCUGUCUGCGUGAUUAUUACAGGCAUUUAAGGUUCCAACACUUCACUGAAAUGUAUUUCAUGUUUUUGGUGUUCUUAUGCACUUCUGAAGAAAUUAAUUAAUUUAUGUGCAAUGCCAGGUAUGCAUUUAGAUUUAAGUUCCAUCAGCCAUUUAUCAUCAGACCUCUAUAUAUCCCCUUUCCCUUAAAAAAAACCCCAAAAAACUUUAAGUUCAUUUUAUUAACUAAACUUAAGUAAAAAUAAUUUUCAAGUAUACUAUAUGUAGUAAGUAUACAAAUAUCUGUGUACUAGUAGUAUAAUUCUACAUGUACUAUUUAAAUACUUCUUUGGAGUAAACUGGCACACUUUUAACAA